AAGAAUUCCAGCGCUGGACGGCAAGGGGCUGGGAGUUACUUGGCACGGAAAUUGGUUAAAGCCCUCGGGAGCGCCAGGCCCGCCCUGCGGAGACUGCGCCCUUUUAAGGACUGGGUUCCUUCCCUCUGAGGAUCACACACCGGCCAGGGCAGCGGCUGGCUUCUGCUGGGGUCCGAGGCUAGGCUAGGUCGCUGCGAGCCCGUCGGCUCAUUGGAGACAGCUUACCUGAGUGCAGAGCGGCGGUGGAAGGGGGAGACAGGAGCUGGUAGAGGGGAGAUCGAAAGCAGGGACUCUGGGGGUGGGAGGGGGCCGUUGGUCCUGGGCGUGCUCGUGCUCCUUGGAAAGGACCCAGUCAGAACCUUAUGAGGGGUUCCUAACCCCGCUGAGCCCAGCCCUGCGCCACCUUGCAGUCUGCAUCUCAAAGGCUUGACUGAAAAUGGGCUGAACCCCAGGCCCCGAAAAGGGGAGUGCCAGGGACUGUGGGGAGAACCAGUCCUUCCUUCUAGCCUCCCAGAUGUCAUUCUGCCUGUCCAGGCACCUGAGUCCUGAGCUCCAGGGGAUUCCAUGGUUUCUAAGCUACUGGGUUUUGUUGACCUUUAAAUAUUUUCUUUUAAGGGGGCAGGGGGCAAGAGGCAGGAAAGAGCAAAUAAAAACAAAUCAAAACAAGUCCCCCUCCCCUAAAGAAGGCGGUGCCCCCACGCUCCACUCCCACACAAAGCGAAGCCCUCUGAAGGUGGCCACCUGGCAGGAGACGGCCAGACUGAACAGCCCACCGCCAAGCAGGUCCUCAGUACCCUUUCUGGUGAAUGCAAAGCAGCGGUGGGUGGCCCCUCUUUCCUCAAGAUCUGAGACAAAAGGGCUUCCAGAAAGAAAGAAGGAUGGCCAGUGGGAAUGGGCUCCCUACAUCCUCGGCCCUGGUGGCCAAGCGUCCCUCCGCCCUGGGCCCAUUUCCUAGAUUUGUCUGGAUUCAUCAGGACACCCCACAAGACAGCCUAGACAAGACUUGCCAUGAAAUCUGGAAAAAAGUUCAAGACCUGCCAGAGGCCCUGCAGCCCAGGACCUCCGUGGAGCAGCUCUCUGCCCCCAUAGCUGGGACUCCAAGAGACUAUGGUCUCAACUUCCAAGAAGAAGCACUGGAGCUCAGCAGAGGCAGAGAUGAGAUUUCUCUCCUGGUGGAACAGGAAUUCUUGAGCCUCACCAAGGAGCACCUCAUCCUGGUCCAAGAGAGACCAGAGGAGCUGGAGGAUGUUGGUGAUGAUCCCCAGGGGACCAGAGAGCUGGCUCCUUGUGUUCUUGCACCUUUCCUGAUGACAAGCAACAGUGAAUGCCCAGGAGCCUCUCUCACUGCUGGUGACAGGCUUCAGGAGCAGAGGGUGGCCAUGUCCAUUACUGGCAGCCGUCAGGACUGCGAUUCUGCCCUGCCUACAGUAACAGGCAUCCUGCGUGCUGCCAAGAUCAGGAGUGCCAAGGGGGCAGAGGAUGGGGUCCCCAGUCUGGCUGACUGCAACUCAGAGAUCAGCAAGCUCUUGGCCCAAUUUCCACUGAAGACCACAGAAAUGUCCAAAGCCCCUGACAACAAGAUGUUGUUAGAGGAGACAAGGGUCAUCAAGGACUUUCUGCAGAACAGCAUUUUCAGUGGCUCUGGACCCAGAGAGCCCACGGGGCUAGGCCCCUUCAUGCUCCUGCCUCCUCCACCACCUCCUGCACAUCUGGACAAGCUCUCUGAGCUCCCUGGCCAGAAGAGACAGCUCCCAGUGUUUGCCAACAUCUGUUCCAAGGCUGAAGCUGACCCCGCCACAGAGGGGCAUCACUUGAUGGAAUGGAACCCUGGCAUGAAGGAGCUGACCAAGAAUCAAGAAAGCCUCUUUCUCAACCAGUGGCCUCAGAAUCAAAAGGACACUUGUGGAGAAGAGAGUCACAGUGACCCAGUGGGCACCAUGUCCACCAAGAAGCCUGCAUGGCCAGCUGAAAAGAACCUGCUGUAUGAGUUCCUUGGGACUACCAAGAACUCAAGUGGACAACUGAAGCUCUGCAGCAAAGUGGACGUGGAUGGGCUGGAGCUAAAGCUUAACCCGCCGGUAACAGCUGCAGAGAAGAACAAUCUUAAGUACACAGGGAAUGUUUUCACCCCACGCUUUGCCACAGCUUUGACCUCACCCUCCAUGAACCAGCCGUUCUGGCUCAAUUUGAACUGCCCACCUCCACAGGUGUUCGGCAAUCACUCUGCCUUCCCACAGUAUCAGGGCGGUGUGUACCCACAGAGGUCACCCAGGAUGCCCUAUCAGCAGACUGUGCCUCCUCAGCUAGGCUGCUACUCCAGACAGGUGACACUCUACAAUCCACAGCAGAUGGGACAGCAGAUCUUCCGCUCUUCCUACACCCCCCUGCUGAGCUACAUCCCUUUUGUCCAGCCCAACUACCCAUAUCCACAGAGGACACCUCAAAAGCUGCCCACCAAUCCCAGAGACCCUUCUCCUAUGGCAGGAGAUGGGCCACAGUACCUCUUCCCCCAAGGAUAUGGGUUCAACUCAACAUCUGGCGGGACCCCGAUGAACAGCCCUUAUUUUUCGUCCAGUGGGAAUGGGAUCAAUUUUUAGACUUCUUUUUUUUCCCCCUCCUCCCCUAUAGCCCUUUGAUCUAGGCUAAGAGCGCUAGCAUUCUGGACUGUGUAAUAGCUUGUUGUGAAGUUUCGAAAGCCAAGACUCAGACCAGGUCGUGGCCAGAAAACAGCAAGACCAGAUUCACUGAUUGACCAUUUAUGUUUGUAACGCACACACAGCCCCCUUCCACACAGCACAAGCCAACACAUACCCUCCUGUUCACACUCACUUGGUCAACUACACAGGCACCUGUAUUUCGCUAAUAUGAGUGAGUUUUAUUUCUGUUGUUGUUAAAAUAGGAGUAAGGCAUUUACUUUUAGGAAGUUUGUAUUUUAUGAUAAAACUCUGAACUGCAUGAAACACAU